CAGAGAACACGUAACACUCAUCGAACAAAAUAAUCCGUUUUGACUUCGUAGAAUAGCACAGUAAAUAAAAUGUGAAAAAGAAUGUCGUUUCAAAGGAAAGUGUUAUGAAAGUAUGUUUGGUUGAUUAAAAUUAACAUUUAAAAUUCGUGUUGUCGUAUGUAUAUGUGUUAUGAAAAACGUACUACUGGAAAAAGCUGAAACGUGUUCCCGUUUUGUUUGCGAUAUGAUAUGAUGCGGAGUGAUGUCGUACGGUAACGCGAGCGAUGACGCGCAGACGGACGAGGCGACACACGCUCACGCUCUGGCCACACUCCUCGCCAUGUACGUGCUCGUAUCGCUCAUCGGCAUCAUAGGGAAUGUUAGUCUAAUGGCAGCCCUAGCGUCUGGUGGCGCUGCCAGGCUCCGCACCCCGCAAAUGCUGAGCGCGUGCGCGGCAGAUUUCUUGGUUUGCGCGGCGAGUGCACCCCUUGCGGCAACACGCGCUGCUACCGUCGAAACACUACCAUGUCAUGUCACUUAUUACAUCGAGACAUUCCCGGUGGCGGCAAGUACGUUGUCCUUAGUGGCAAUCGCGGCAGAUCGCUGUGGAGCAGUACACCGUGGCCGAGGUACCACGCUCUGUUCAAGGCCCUUCCUUGCUGUUGCUGCAGUAUGGUCUAUGGCACUACUGCUUGGUGCCGCAGCAUUCACAACAACUUGCAUAACGUGCCCGCCUCUCGCAGCAGUACAUGCAGUAGUGGCUUUUUGCUUCCCGGUCAUUGCGGUGGCGAGAUGCCAUUGGGCGGUUCGUGUCAAGCUGACUGCAUUAUCGCUGACAGCACGCGCAGCUCACGGAGAGCUACCUCUACCAGUUCCACUGAUGCGGCGUCCGACUCAUGUUAUCAUCGUUGCUGGAGUGGGACCUAGAGAAAGACGCGACGCAGUGGAUGUCGGUGAUGCCAGAUCUAAGAAAAAGCUACAGCCCAGUCUUCUGGGUCCGCAACCGCAAACCUCGACGCUGCGCUCACGUCGACGUCUCGGCAACGUGUUGAUGGGCAUCGCUGGAAUAUUCGCUAUGUGCUGGUGUCCGCAUGCCGCGAUAGUGAUAUGUGGAUCAUUUGGUAUCCACGUCCCUGAAAUGGUUGGUCACUACGCGCUUCUUCUGGGUUAUGCGCACUCAGCCUUGAAUGCUGUAGCGUACUGGGUCUUGAACCGGCACGCUCUUACGUCAGCGUGCACCGCCUGGCACCUUCCUCAGCUGCGCGUCAGGGAGGAGAGACCGUCUUCUACCAACGAAGCGGCACUAGGCGCUUUCCAUCCCCGGCUCGCGAGACCUGCUCCGUCGCCUCGCCCCCCUCCCUCCAGCUUCUUAUAUUGA